GCCCGACUCUUGUCCGGGCACCUGUUGCCUGUUCUGUUCCUCGUAAAGGCACGGUGGCUUUUGAAGUGCUCCUGAGAGAGACUUCCAGUGCAGUUGUAUUUAUACUCAGGCUAUCUUGUGAAUUUGGAACCUGGUGUGAAGGGCCCCCUGUUGGUCGUUGCACCAGGUUUUUCCGCAACAAAGAUUGUGUGCGUUUCAGGAUCAUAGAGUCCCGCUCCUGUGCUUUUGUGGAAAUCCCUGGAGUCGGCCCUGGAAGCACGCAGGGGCCUUGCGCCCGUGUCUGGGGACGUGGACUCGGCCGGCUGCCACAGGACUCGGGGGGGGUCGGGGGCCCGAGGAGGCUGCGUCAAGCAGGUGUGGUCGCAACGCCGACGGGCCGCCGUCGGACUCCCUUCUUUGCGUGUCAGAGUGGCGGGGCGGGCUUCGAGCGGAGGAUCUUUGUGAGGUUGGCGAAAGCGGGCGCCAGGGCGUCGCGACGCGCUGGUCUUCGGGCUGGGACGGAGGGGGCGCCAGCCAGGGGUGUCCGCUUGCCUCUGGGGUUCCCCCGCCGACCUGGGCCGACCGCCCGUUUCUUUUCCUGGGAAAGCAGACUGGCCCGCGGUGCAAAAGAGAGGCUCUGGCAGAGGGAGACAUCUGGAUCUGUUUUAAAUAACUGAGCAAGGAAAUGACUUUUACAACUACAGUGCCCUGCUGCCCUCGGUGUCUUGUGCUUCCCUGACACGUCAUGGUACCGAGUGCUGGUGCUGGGCUCGCCAUCACGGACCCCAGCACAGACCGCCUCUGGGAGGUGCUGUUCUGUCCGUUUGCCAGCCGUGGAACCACAGUCCGCAGCUCUGAGCAAGGCGUGUUGAGUAGGAAGAGGGGCCGUGAACCAAGACUGGAGAUGGGAGACCCGCAAGGGAAUCUCUGCACUGAUGCUGGUGUCGGGGACCUGGUCACAGAAAAGUGCCUGGUAGCAUCGAAGGGGCCUGCGCGCCGUGUCCAGCUUGCCUGUAGCGGUCAGUACUGCGCUUUCCCUUUAGACGGGAAUGCACUUUGCGUGUGGAACACGGAUGACCCUUCUUACCAGCCUCUGACCCUAAGAGGACACCAUGAGCCAAUUACUGCUGUGGCAUUUGGAAAUGCAGUGAGUCCACUUCUCGUCUGUUCUGCAUCACGAGAUUAUGUUAUAAUGUGGACCCUAGAUGAAUGCAGACAGAAAGCACUUCAAGGGCUGACUCCUCGAGGGGUUGUCAUGGGCACCCUCCUGGGAAAGGUGCUGUGUUUGAGGUUGAGCCCAGAUGACCGUGCGGUUGCUGUGUGUGCUGGAAAGAAAAUAUUUAUGCUGGAUACUGAGAGCCAGUCUACACGAGCUGAGCUGGAGGGUCACCGGGGCGCCGUGACUGCAGCUGAGUUCUGUCUGUGGCAAACACAUCUCAUCAUCUCAGUGUCUGAAGACAGAAGCUUUAAGAAACGCGUCUUUCCAAAGGUUUGGGAUCAUCAUAUGGGAUCAUUAAUCUACAACUCAUCAGUGUUAACAGCCUCCCCUCUCCUGAGUCUCCUCAUCGACGCGGAGAGCCGGCAGCUGGUGACGGGAUGCGCAAACGGCCAGCUUUGGAUCUUCAGCUUGGUUGAAGGACAUCAUUAUCGUUGUGUGACGCGGGUUGACCUAAAGAAGAAGAGCGAGAGUUUUUUCAGGAGGGUUGAGUCCAGGCUGUGCAGCCUGCCAGAAGAGGGUCAGCGUGUCUGCACAGAUGGCUUGGAGAAAGGAGAGGAGGUUGAAGCAAGCCUCCCUGUCCUAGGGCUGGGGCCAUGUGAUCUGUCCCUCGUUCUCCCUGCCGAGUGUGGUUGUCUUCCUUCUGAGAAUACUACAUGCUUGUGGAUUGGAAGCUCAGCUGGCUUAUUCAUAUUUAACUUGGCAAACUUUGAACUGGAAGCCGUUUUACAUUACAAGGAUUUCAGGAGCUCCAGCAUUCAAGUUGCCGGAUCCUGUGCAGUGAUGAGCAAGGUCGGUGGUGAGAAGGCCGUCUGCUUACUCACGUCCCUGUGUGGCUGUAAGAUCGCCUUGUUGGAAAUCUAUGCUGCUGCUCUGGUGAGGUCUCAGCGGGGGCACAACGCGGGAAGGGAUCUCUCCGUGCUGCCUCGCGCCCAUGUUCUCUCCACCUCUCCACUGUACUUCAGACCUGCUGAGGAAAACAGGACCCAGCCAGCUCCGCAGAGACAGUCCGCCAUGCGGAGCACCAUUAAGGACCAGCCCCUGGUUUUCCACAGCAAAGUGAGGUCGUCUGGCUAUGCCUCCACACCACACAUAACUCUGUUCUCACCAAAGACCAACACCAGGAGCAGCGGUGACCGCUCUUUACCACGUAGGGACUGUCACAGGGGUAAGGAAUACCCUUUGGAGAGUUCUCCACCAACCAAAGUCCACAAGCAGCGUGUCAUCGCGCACGGUCCGGUGGCUGUGAGCUGUGUCCAGUACUCAGGGGAUGGACGGUGGCUCGCCUGCGGCUUAGCCAACCACUUGUCGCUGGUCUUCCGUGCUGAUCUCACUGGGACACCUGCUGUUUUUUCAGGUCACGACGGGGCGGUGAGCACCGUGUGCUGGAGCCAUGAUGGCCGGUGGCUGUUGUCUACCUCCCGGGACGGGACGCUGCGGCUGUGGUCACUCCGUGGGGCAGAACUCGCGUUGUGUGUGGGCAAAGACGUGUUUUCUAAGCCUGCUCGGUCUGCACAGUUUUAUUACAUAGACACUUUUAUAUUGUUGUCUUCGGGCCCCGAGCUCCAGCUCCUCAAGUACCACGUCGCCACCUGCAGGGAUGGGAUCCAAAGAUAUAAACAGAAGAGUAGGUGCAAAGGUGUCUUCAGGCUUCCUACGACUGGUAUGACAGAGAUUACCAGUUUAUCAGCUGUAAACGACUUCUAUUCCUAUCUUGUGCUCACGGCCGGCCGGAACAGGACCCUGGAAGUUUUCGACCUCAAUGCAGGUUGCAGCGCAGCCACAAUCAUAGAAGCCCAUUCACGGCCUGUUCACCAAAUCUGCCAGAAUAAAGGAUCAUCAUUCAUGACCCAACAGCACCAGUUUUAUAACCUUUUCGCCACCACAGCCACUGGGGAUGGCAUAAAGCUGUGGGACUUGAGAACCCUGAGAUGCGAGCGCUGUUUUGAAGGACAUCCAAACCACGGAUAUCCAUGUGGGAUUGCUUUCAGCCCUUGUGGACGCUACGUGGCUUCUGGCGCGGAGGACAGACAUGUGUACAUGUAUGAUGUGGGUUCGAGCACAUUUUCUCACAGACUGGCUGGACACACGGACACCGUGACUGGCGUGGCCUUCAGCCCGUCAGCCCCCCAGAGGCAGAAACACUUGAAAUCAACUUCCUGGGAGUGAGAGACAGGAAUGAUGACUUUUACUUCAUGGCAGCUGAUGAACUCAGGCGGUGGCCAUCUGCAUAGGACACGGUAAAGCUGGACCUUUAACCUGCGUGGGGCCACGGUGCACAGGACAAGCCUCACAGACUGCGCUAACUCUGGAAGCCAUGUCGGCCUCCAGCACAAUUCAAGCUGUGGGCAAAUCAUUUGACUACAUAUACGACUCAUGUUUUAAUUCUUAUCUCAAGCUAACGGUAAUUUCUGUGUUGGUUGUGAACCAUAAGGAAACAGAAAAAGUGAAGAAAUCUUGGAAAAGAAGUGUGUGCUCGCUGGGAUUUUGCUGCAAAAUGAACUGUCCUGCACCCGUUGGCUGCAGGCUCACAGGGCAGAGCUGGGCCAUGUCUCCUCACAUGGGACCUGCGGCUGCCUGCCUCAGCCCUUCCCGUGGCAGAGGGUGAUUGUGCGUGGUGCAGGCACUCUGCAAGCCACCUGCAGCCUCUGUGAACGCUGCGUCUCUCAUAUUCCAACGUAAAUCUGGGACCACGCACAAAUCAGCAAAUGGGGUGAGGUGGGUGGUCCUGUGUCGGAGGGCCCACUGCAUGGGAGCACAGGAGGGUGACUGCAGGAGCCCUGGCACAUCCCCACAUGCUAGAGUGCUGUCUCAGGGGGUGUGCAGGGCCCGUGGCUAGCACUGUGCACUCAUGUUUGUUAGGAGGGGUAGCUCUCAACUGUUCUUACCACAGUCCUUUUAAGAAGUAGACUUAGUUUAAAUUCUGAAGCACUAAUGGAUGUUUUAGUUUGGACCCCUUGCUUUUGGAUGAUUUUUGGUGAGGGAAGUAAGUGAAAAUCCAACCCAGAGACUUCCUUAAUCCGUGAACAGGAUUCCCUUGUAGGUGAUCCACAGACAUUACCCUUGUCAUGACCUUGUCCGUUACCCCGGUGCCAGGUCCAGGCCUCCCACUUUCCUCCAGGAGAGGACGCUGGUCCUGCAGCGUUUCCACGGCCCAGGUAUGCUGCAGUUGGUCCAGAGCAGGGGCUGCAGGGGCUGACCUCUGACUCAGAUUCCAUUCUUGGCGGGAAGGCGCUCAUCACGUGACUUAGUCGGGAGGGAGCCUCAAUUCUCCUGCUUCUCACCUUGGGCAGUCACCUGUCCAUUCCUAUAGGAGGUCUCCAAAACCCCAGUGUCUGGUGCCAUGUUUCUCACAGUCUCUUGGAAGUUGUGAAAUGGCCUUAUUUUGGUUAUUCUGUUAAAAUAUAUGCUACAAAAGCCUGACUUCGGAGGAAUGAUUUUGGACUACAGUCCUGCAGGUGGGGUAGUGAUUUCUCACGGCCUUCUCAGACGCUGUGCUCCCUUACCUGGUCACCUGCUCCCAGCCUAUUCCAACCCGCUUCUCAGGGAGGCCUGUGCCCUGCCCCCACCCGCCAGGCCUGGUUCUGGAAAAUAAUCCUGCUGUGUCUCUUCUGCAAGAACCCCACCCUCAACAUGUAAAUUCCCCCUUGACACUUCCCCUCCCACGGACCCCUCACUGUUCAUCAGCGGGAAUUGUCAUGUUGGUGAACAUUUAUAAUACUAACAUUUGUAUAUCUGUGUUUAAAAACCACUCCAGAAUUCACACCUGUUAAAAUUAUAGUUGACACCAUCUGUAUGGCUCUCUUUCUAUUCUGCGUGAGUACAGAAAUUGUUAGCUGGGUGACCAGACCUUACCCUUCCUGCUGUGCCCCGCGCUGCUGCCUCUCCCCGCAGGGAUGCCUCGGGCCAUGGUUUUCUUCUGGGCAGCAAGGUUGUUUCUCAAUGGGCAUGUAUAAAAUACUUAGCUGAUCCUGUGAAGGGACACACACUGAGGAAAUGGAAACAACACUGGUCCAGAAGAUGAUUAAAUCAAAAAGACUUUUACUGCAGAUGACUCUGAGUGUUGACAUCAGAAGCUGCCGAGG